AUGCAUUCUAGACUGCAGAAAGUCAAGGAGCUAGUGCAAGAUAGGGGUGGGGAUGAUGAUGAUGAUGACGAGAGGGCGCGUGAGGAUGAGGAGGAUCAGUGUGUAGAAUGUAGCAUUAAAAUAGGGUUUUCAAUUUUUUCAGAUGGUACAGGUUUCCGACAACUUCUCGACGAUUCUCCGACAAUCUAUCGAACAAGCGACCCCUUGCUGAGCAAAGUUGAUGCAGCAAACUUCUUUCAGGAUACUUUCUUCAACUGGGGAUAUCAGAACUCUGCAAUUUGGGGCAGUGGUGAUAAUCUCGCUCUGCUGCUCGAUCGAAACUCAGGCUCAGGCAUUCAAACCAAGAACCAGUUUCUCUUUGGCAGCAUAGAGAUGCAAAUAAAACUUGUUUCUGGGAAUUCAGCAAAAGUCAAGGAGCUAGUGUGCGCAGGAACAGUCACUGCCUAUUAUAUGUCGUCGACCGGAGACCAACAUGAUGAGAUUGAUUUUGAGUUUUUGGGAAAUGUUUCUGGACAACCAUACACCAUUCACACAAAUGUUUUUGUGAAUGGGGUAGGCCAAAGGGAGCAGCAGUUCUAUCCUUGGUUUGAUCCAACUGCAGAUUUCCAUAACUACACCAUUCACUGGAAUCCAAGCCAGAUUGUUUGGUUCGUUGAUGGAAUACCAAUCAGAGUGUACAGAAACUACGAAAAAAUUGGCAUCCCCUACCCGAAAUCUCGAGCCAUGAAGGUUUAUUCAAGCUUAUGGAAUGCUGAUAACUGGGCUACCAGAGGAGGGUUGGUGAAGAUUGAUUGGAGCAGUGCUCCAUUUAUAGCAAGAUAUAGAGAAUUGAAGCUGCGAGCUUGUUACUGGUAUGGACAAGGAAGCACUCAAUAUUGUUCAUGGAACACACCCAAGAAUUGGUGGGCAUCUCCUCAAUAUAGUAAGUUGGGCUAUGCUCAGCUUGGUCAGCUGGAAUGGGUGAGGAAUAACUAUAUGAUUUAUGAUUAUUGCAAGGAUGUGUAUAGGUUUCAUGGCAAGAUGCCUUUGGAAUGUUUUCAGCCAUUGUUGUGA